AGCAAUGCAAAACCUGCGCCGCUCUUAAUAGUGCAAAAAAUCACAAUCAAUCCCAAAUGCAAACACUUUCUAUUUACUCUAUUGUGUUCAUCCUCAUUCAUGCUCGGCUUCAUUUUGCAUAACUUGUGAUUAAGCUUCAACGAAAGUCCCCAAACACCCAAAACGUAUCAUUAGUGCCACACUCGAGCUCCACUCAACACUGCUAAAAUGCCCUCCAUUACCCACUUACUCCUCGUUUCAAUCCUAAUUUCCGAAAAUUUGUGCAACAACGUGACUGGCAAAUACCACACAAUGGAGACCCAAUCAAAAUCCUACAAACUGCUAACAUUCAACACCGAGCAAAACGGCGACAUUAGCAUGGAACUGGCAUUCAACGUCCCUUUCAUCACAAUCCCGGUCAAAAAGUCCGUCGACAUGGCCAAGGGCGCCAUCGCCAACUUGAACGUGGGGGCUGUGGUCCUCGCCGGCGCCAUCGCCCUGGCCUUCAGUGUCGUGAUCCCCGCGAUCGCCCUCCUCAUGUCGAAAAAAACACGCAACGAUGAUGGGCUACAAUGGUGGGGCUAUUUGAGGCUACUUGACCAAAGUUUGAGCGAAAAUGGGAUUGACUCGACUUCCUGUCUACAGAGAUUUGUUUGUUGGGCGGUUAAAAGUUCGGCUCAGAGUGUGAAAAUGGGGCAAAGUUCGAGCAGUGAUAAGAUUAUUGAUGGGUUGGCGUCCAGCCAAUGGGUGCUGGACUUGGUCCAAGGGUCCGUGGUCCAUGAUGCCGUCACGAAUGGGUUAGGGGGGAAAAACUGUGCCCAGGAGUAUGGGCAGUGUCAGAUCAGCCAAAGGUCCAUCCGGAAAUUGACCAAGUUUGUGCACACCAUCAACAAUAAGAAGAAAUGACGAUUUUUUGCUAAAUAAAUGUUGGUUUUCGGAUUU